UCCCCAAUGCCAAACCUUAAUCACAGUGGCUGAUGAGAUUGAGGGGAGAGGGUGUUGGACGGUGGGGGGCGUUUGAGAGAAAACACAUUCUUUUCACAAUUCAUCUUUACACUUUAUAUGAGGCCAGGAUUCAAGGGAGGUGUAGUAGGUUUAUAUGUGAUAAUUAAAUUGAACAAAUGAGAGUUUCAUAUUUUCAUGAGACAAGAGACGAUCCAGGGUACAUUGUUAAACACCAAUAAAAUAUAUAUAUUUACAUUAUAAAGUUUUAAAAUCUACCACAGAAUGAAGAUGUUUCCAUGGGGCUUAAGAUCUGUCAUCAUCAUUUUUGAAAUAAGAAAACUGAAUUAAGAAAAUGUAAGUUUAAACCCUGAUGCACCAAACAAAUAGAAAAAUAAAUACACCUAGAAUACACAGUAAAUUAGCAUGCAUGCAUCAGCAAGUAAAGGUUACUGCCGUACACACUGUCCCUGAUGGAGGGGCAGCCAUGAUGGUUUUAUACAAUGGCCUGGACUGUUUCAUACAAUUUAGUAUUCAUUUUUUCUGAAGAGAGAGACAUCUCAGGCACGGCCACAGCAACACGUCCCACAGGAACCUAUUACCAUCUUCUACAUAUGCAAGAGUUUCAAUAGGCCGUCUAUCAUCCUCACAGAGGGACACACGGCUUUUGCUACCAACUUUAACAGCUUGUCAUAAAAGGCACACAGGGGAUUUCAAUUACGCAGGUCAUCAUAGUAUUUGGGUCACACAAAUUUAACAGAUUUAAUUUGAACUUAUAUGCUUUGGUAAAGGUUGUGAACAAGCCAUUUGUAAAGAGAAGAGAGAGAAAGAGAGAGAGAGACAGAGAGAGACAGAGAGGGGAGUAAUUUGACACACAAAGAGGACAAAAUGGACAAAGAAAAACUUUAGGGGAUUAGAUGUUGAAACAGUGGGUUUGUCUGUGGAGUCCUCCCUUCACAGGUUUAUUUAGGCCUAGCAGUGUGGACCCCAGCCCAUAAUCCUCCUGCAGACACACCUGCAGAGGAGAGUAUAAAAACCCUGGACUGCACUGAGUCAAACAUCAAGCCUCAAACAGUCUCUCCACACAAGCUCCACAGCCUCUGGACUGACCCUGAAGAUGACUCCCUCUGCCAGCCUGCUGCUGCUGGUCCUGCUCGGCUUCUCUCAGGCUCAUCCUCUCCAGGAGGAAGGAAGCGCAGAAGAAGUCCCAGACACCAUGGACAUCACCACCAGGAUUCUGACCUCUAACAACGCCACCAAUGAGAUCCUGCUGGAAGGAGACCUGCUGGCUCCCAGAACCAGAAACGCCAUGACGUGCUGGUCCCAGAGUUGCCUGUGGAGGAAAGCCUCCAACGGCUUGGUGAUGAUCCCCUUCACCAUGAGCAGAGAGUUCACCAGCUGGGAGAAGCAGAAGAUCGACGUGGCCAUGAAGUCCUACCAAAGCAGGACCUGCAUCCGCUUCGUCCCCCGUCAGAACGAGUACGACUACAUCAGCGUCGAGAACAGAGCCGGAUGUUUCUCGGCUCUUGGCAGAGAGGGAGGCAGACAGGUGCUCUCUCUCAACAGGCAGGGCUGCCUCUACCACGGCAUCAUCCAGCACGAGAUCAACCACGCUCUGGGCUUCCAGCACGAGCAGACCAGGAGUGACCGCGACCAAUACGUCAGGAUCAACUGGGAGAACAUCGAUCCACGAAUGGCCUACAACUUCCACAAGCAGCCCACCAACAACCUGAACACUCCCUACGACUACUCCUCCAUCAUGCACUAUGGAAGAACAGCCUUCUCCAUCCAGUACGGGAGGGACUCCAUCACCCCCAUCCCCAACCCCAACGUCCAGAUCGGCCAGAGGCAGGGCAUGUCCCACUGGGACAUCAUGAGGAUCAACAUGCUCUAUGGCUGCUAACAACCAUGCUUCUGAUCAAAAUUAUCAUUUGGCAAAACAAAUUAGCUCAAUAACAAGGGCAAGUUUCUGGUAUAUUCUUUCACAACUGGACAGGAUGGUAUCGGAUCUAUUAAGCGUGUGAAACCUUUGAUCUGUAAUUUGACUCACAAUUGCAAUAAAUUCAAGCAAAUGAUACAUGUUUGUUUUCUAG